CUCAUUCACACAGUGCACAAGUAUAUUGAGCAAGCAUGGAUGAGCUGGACCUUAUCCUAGAGGAGUUGGCUUUCAAGUCAGCUGGUCCAGAGUCGGCUCCUCAGAAGAAAGAAAGUGAUACAGCCAACACAUAUGGACAGGUCCCAAAGGUGUGUCCUGUUGGUCUCCCUCCAAGGAAAGGAAAGGAGCCAGAUAGCACCAAUGAUACAGAUAGCACCAAUGUAUACAGUGAGUUACCAGCUCCAGUGGAGGCCAGUCUGCUGAGCCCUCGCUCUGCUUCCAGAGAGCUGGACUCCAUAAUGGAUGAAUUGCUGCUUGACCUGGUGAUGGGGCUGCCAGACCCUUCCCCUCCCUCAACCCCACCACCACUUGUCCAGAAGUCAGUCAAAAAGAAACAGGUUGGAGAAAAGAAAGAAAUGGAUGACACACAAGUGAAAGAGGAGAGCACAAACAGCCCAAAGACUUCUGAUCUGGAGCACAAGGUGUCAACACAGAGAAAAACGGACACCAUAGAUUUCCUUCUGGGAGGCCUGAGCUCUGAUAUGGAGAAGAUGGGUGUACGCACCACGGCCAAGGGCCACUGUGCUUCUUGUGGAAAAGUCAUUGUGGGAAAGAUGAUCACAGCCCUAGGCCAGGUGUGGCACCCAGAACACUUUGCUUGUGUGGUGUGUCAGGCGGAGCUAGGCACCAGUGGCUUCUUCGAGAGGGAGGGGAAGGCCUACUGUGAGAAAGACUACCAGCAUCUCUUUUCACCCCGCUGUGGUUACUGCAAGGGCCCUAUUCUGCAGAACAUCCUGACAGCGAUGGACUGCACCUGGCACCCUGAGCACUUCUUCUGUUCCCACUGUGGGGAGCUCUUUGGGCCUGAAGGUUUUCUGGAGAAGGACGGGAAGCCGUACUGCCACAGAGACUUUUACCAUCUCUUUGCUCCAAAGUGCUCUGGCUGCGGAGAGCCUGUGAGAGAGAACUACCUGACUGCAGCCAACGGCACCUGGCAUCCCAACUGCUUUGUCUGCUCAGACUGUCUGAAGCCCUUCACCGAUGGUUGUUUCCUGGAGCUGGAUGGUCGUCCCCUGUGCUCUCUACACUUCCACUCCCGCCAGGGUACACUGUGUGGGGGCUGUAGAGAGCCCAUCUCUGGGCGCUGCAUCUCGGCUAUGGAGCGCAAGUUCCACCCUGAGCACUUUGUGUGUGCUUUCUGUCUGAGGAAACUCAGUCAGGGAGUGUUCAAGGAGCAGGCAGGGAAACCCUACUGCUCAGCCUGCCACACCAAACUGUUUGUGUGAGACUUAUACUGUAAUAAUAAUACGCGGUUAAUACAUAAGGUAAUCAAUUAACCUGAAUUAAAGUCCUACUUACAAAGUAUGUGGAAAAUCCCACACAAAUCAUCAAGGCAAUAUCUGCAUAGGAAUCUAAAAAUAAACUAUUAAUUUAAUCAGUUGGUAGAGCAUGGCGUUUGCAACGCCAGGGUUGUGGGUUCGAUUCCCACGGGGAGUAUAAAAAAUCAUG